ACUGAUGAAAAACAGUAGUCAAGUCUGGAGGGUGAUUCCUUUUCAGUUCACUUGCCUUUUAGUUCUGGGGAAAUUAGAAGAUUUGCUCUCUCUCUCUGCUUCUUAGAAUGGGCUGCAAUUUGUGCACUUUUCAGAAAAGAGAGGAACACUACAAACUGCUGUAUGAAGUUUCUCAGGUCAAUGGGAAGGAUCUUUCAAAGGCCACCCAUGAAGAGGCAGUGGAAGCUUUUCGAAAUGCCAAGGAGCCCAUUGUGGUCCAAGUGUUAAGGCGAACGCCUCUAAGUAAACCAGCCUAUGGAACAGCCCCAGAAGUACAGCUCAUGAACGCCAGCACUCAGACCGACAUCACCUUUGAACACAUCAUGGCCCUCACCAAACUUAGGCCACCUACCCCUCCAGUGCCAGAUAUCUGUCCAUUUCUACUCUCAGACAGCUGCCAUUCUCUUCAUCCAAUGGAUCAUGAAUUUUAUGAGGACAAUGAGUAUCUUUCCAGCUUGCCUGCUGAUGCAGACAGAACAGAGGACUUUGAAUAUGAGGAGGUCGAGUUGUGUCGUGUUAGCAGUCAAGAGAAGUUGGGCCUGACAGUCUGUUACCGAACGGAUGAUGAAGAAGACACCGGCAUUUAUGUCAGCGAGGUAGAUCCAAAUAGCAUUGCUGCCAAAGAUGGCCGAAUUCGAGAAGGGGAUCGUAUUUUGCAAAUAAAUGGGGAAGAUGUCCAGAAUCGAGGAGAAGCAGUGGCAUUGCUGUCCAGCGAUGAGUGCAAGAGAAUUGUGCUGCUGGUUGCAAGGCCAGAGAUUCAGCUGGAUGAAGGCUGGCUGGAAGAUGAAAGGAAUGAAUUCUUAGAGGAGUUAAACUUGGAGAUGUUGGAAGAACAGCAUAAUGAAGCAAUGCAGCGCACUGCCAAUGAGGUGGAGCAGCCAAAAAAACAAGAAGAAGAAGAAGGUACAACAGACACGGCAACAUCCUCAUCCAACAACCAUGAAAAGGACAGUGGAGUGGGGCGCACUGAUGAAAGCUUGCGAAAUGACGAGAGCUCAGAGCAGGAGAACGCAGCUGAGGAUCCCAACAGCACGUCUUUGAAGAGCAAGAGAGAGCUGGGGCAGAGCCAAGACACUCUAGGAAGCGUUGAACUUCAGUGCAAUGAGAGCUUCGUGUCUGGUGAAUACGUUGACUCAGACUGCACUGGCAACCAAGAUGAGGAGUGUGAAAGAUUCCGGCAGCUCUUGGAGCUCAAGUGCAAGAUUCGAAACCAUGGCGAGUAUGACCUGUAUUACUCGAGCAGCACGAUGGAAUGCAAUCAAGGGGAACAAGAGGGAGUGGAGCAUGAGCUACAGUUGCUUAAUGAAGAACUAAGAAACAUUGAACUCGAGUGCCAGAAUAUCAUGCAGGCUCACAGGCUCCAGAAAGUGACAGACCAAUAUGGAGACAUCUGGGCAUUGCAUGAUGGAGGAUUCCGAAAUUAUAACACCAGCAUAGAUAUGCAGAGGGGAAAACUAGAUGACAUCAUCGAACACCCAGAAAAGUCAGACAAGGACAGUUCUAGUGCUUACAACACAGCUGAAAGCUGCAGAAGCACUCCACUUACAGUGGACCGUUCCCCUGACAGUUCCCUUCCAAGAAUGAUCAACCUCACCAAUAAGAAAAACCUGAGAAGCACAAUCGCAGCCAGUCAGUCCUCUUCUGGACAGAGCAGUAAAGAGUCAACCUCCACCAAAGCCAAAACCACUGAACAAGUUUGCGGCAUUGAAGGCAAGGAGAAGAGUUCAGAAAGCAACAAGCUUUCUGAUCCAGAGAAGACAGGCAGUGAGAACAUCCCUUACCUCUCUCCUUACCACAGCUCCUCAUAUAGAUAUGCAAACAUCCCAGCACAUGCCCGGCAUUAUCAAAGCUACAUGCACUUGAUUCAACAGAAAUCUGCAGUCGAGUAUGCUCAGAGUCAGCUCAGUUUGGUGAGCAUGUGCAAGGAGUCACAGAAGUGUUCAGAGCCCAAGAUGGAAUGGAAGGUGAAAAUUAGGAGCGAUGGGACAAGGUACAUAACAAAGAGACCAGUGCGAGACCGGAUUCUGAAGGAACGUGCCUUAAAGAUCAAGGAGGAGCGGAGUGGCAUGACGACAGACGAUGACACCAUGAGCGAGAUGAAAAUGGGGCGUUACUGGAGCAAAGAAGAGAGAAAGCAACACCUGGUUCGGGCCAAAGAGCAGCGUCGGCGCCGAGAGUUCAUGAUGCGGAGCCGGUUAGAGUGUCUCAAGGAGAGUCCUCAGAGCGGCAGCGAGGGCAAGAAGGAGAUCAACAUCAUUGAACUGAGUCACAAAAAGAUGAUGAAAAAAAGAAACAAGAAAAUUUUGGACAACUGGAUGACAAUCCAAGAACUGAUGACCCAUGGGGCCAAGUCUCCUGAUGGCACACGAGUUCAUAAUGCCUUUUUGUCCGUCACCACCGUAUGACCGAAUGAAUGGAAUGCAACUCGUUUUAAGAGGAGGCUACCAGUUUGGGUAGAGUAUGAUUGCCUCGUUCAAUGUGGCGUUUUUAUAUAUAUUUUGUGACUCUUUAUAGUUUAAAUUUUUUGUAAGCAAAAAUACCUGGUAAUUUUUCAUUUGUUUUUCGUAUCCCGGUACCUUCUUUUUGGCUGAGAUCUUUCUUUAACUUGUGACAGAUUCAUAUUACUCGUUUAUAUAUUAAAAAACACACAAAAGGAAAGAAAACAAGAAAAAACUUGAACAAAAAUGCUGAGGAGCCAAUUAAUUUCCUAUUUUAAUGUAUCUAUUGUAAGUUAAGAUCUGGAUUUAUUUCUCUAGUUUACUUAUUUUCUACUUUAAUAACAACUCAACGCCAAAACAUUUCUGUGCUUCCUUCUUGGCAUAAUCUGUAUUAAAUCAAACCUGUUAAUAAAUCAUGUGCCACAUCUUGUCUUAUCCAUAAAAACCACCUCUUUUUAACAUCUUCUUGUACAUUUAACACGUAAAUGGCCAUUGUCUUUGUCUCAGUAAAGUGUAGGUGGACAAUCUUCCUGUGAUAUGUAGUGACAUUGGUCAUGUAGCUAGAUAAUUGUGGUAAUUGUGACAAUAAAAGAGAAAUAAAUUAUUGAUUAUCCUUAAGAAAGUUAUCGAGGAGUGUUUUAUUUUCAUUGUCCACUGUGGUUACCGGAUAUAAAUUAGUUAUAUAUGUAUACUAUUUAGAAGACUCUUAAUUGUGGAUUAUAAAAUGUGUACAUUUUCUAUCAAUUUUUCAAUAAAAUUGUCCU